GAAGUGCACUUUGUCACUCAUUCCGAAGCAGCCGAGUCCUGCUGAUGCCUGGACGAGCCCGACAUCCUCGCCCCAAUCCGCUUCCAGCCGCUCCAGCGGUGACAACUCUGUCCGCAGGGCGUUUAUGACACUUGGGACGCUGAUUCCUCGUCAGCCUCGUAGGAGAGGAACUAAAGAGACGCAUCCUAACCAAGAGCACAGGGCAUGACCAUCGAGGAGUAUAAGGAGCUCCGAAAUUUAACUUGGCAAGGCAUUGUAUAUGGACGGCGAUGGGUGCCUAUGCUGCGUCGCGGACAAUGAUGACGACGAGGACGAACUUGGCUCGCAGCUUGAGGGUAAGUAUGACGAAGAAAUAGCUGAAAAAGAACUCGCCGACUGGCCCGUUCAUGGCGAUAAGAUCGAAGUCGAGGACGAUUGUGUGGACAUCGAAUAUGAGGACGAGGACAACGAUGUGGAUGUCGCAUCCGAGAAUGAGGAUGAUGAUAUGGAUGUUAAAUCUGAGAACGAGGACAGCAAUAAGGACAAGUACCUCGGCUCCCCAAAACGCACACUUGAACCAUCAGAUGAUGAUGACGCUGAACCAGUCAAAACCAGAAGAACAUUGCCCGGUUUCAGGACCAGAUCCUGUCAAUUCUCGACUCUCCGAAGGACCACACCCGCCAUGCCGUACGCCCUUACAGCCAUGGAAGAGUCGCAGAGACCAAUCUCCCUAGGCGCCUACCUGUUCUUCUGCCGCUCCGAGUUGAGCGCGGUGUUGAACUCCUUGGUCCAGCAUAUCCCGAGAGCACCUAGGCGAUCCUGGGAAGGGAAAAGUUGGAUAUUGGUGAUCUUCUUCUGCCCGAAAUGGGACCAUCGAUGGACGGACUGGGGUUCUUAGUUGGAGGUUCCGAUUCGAAAGGUUUCCAGCUCCUCUCUUGCGGAGUAUCCGGCUGCUGUCAUCAACGGGGCACGGCGCAAUGCAAGAGCACAUGUCAAAAUACAUCUUCGCAUUUCGUCAUGCUU